AUGAACACGAUAAUAGAUCUCCAGCAUCGUCGCAUCAAGGACGUUCAGGAAAUGGCAGCACCGGGUCUCGCUCGUCACACAGGUCUUAUAGCACAGAAAAAUCAAAAGAGACCAAAUCUUCAACAUCAUCUACAUCAUCGCGUGAUAAUCUGUUCGCACGAGUCGAAGAGCGUCGCAUACGGGUAUAUUCGCGUUCACGGUCCGGAAAUCGCUCACGAUCACGUAGCAGUUCGCGAACGCCGAUACGCAGCUCGCGAUAUCGUGAUGUGA